AUGGCCGCUUCUCACGGAGACCUGCGUCACCUGCUUCCGGGGAACUACAAGCGGCAAAUUGCCGACUGGCUCGAGGAAGAUUGCCCCAGUCUCGACUAUGGCGGUUUUGUCGUAGGCGAGUCUGAGGGCGAGGCUCGUUUGCUUGGAAAGAGUGCGGGCAUCAUCGCCGGUAUCCCAUUCUUCGAUGAAGUCUUUUCUCAAUUGGGUUGCACGUACGUGGACCUCAUCUCCCAAUCCCCAAUUUCCCUCACACCUUCCGGUCUAACAUCUCCAUCCAGAACCGAAUGGCAUAUCCAAGAAGGCCAACCCAUCCCCCCCAACACCAAAACCCACUGCGCCACCGUCCGCGGCCCCAUCCGCCAAAUCCUCCUCGGCGAACGCGUCGCCCUGAACAUCCUCGCCCGCUGCUCCGGCAUUGCCUCCAAAUCCGCCUCCACCCUCGCCGCCCUGCGCGCCGCCGGCUGGAACGGCAUUCUCGCAGGAACCCGCAAGACCACGCCGGGCUUCCGCGUCGUUGAGAAAUACGGCAUCCUGGUCGGUGGCGCGGACCCCCACCGCCACGACCUCAGCCACAUGACCAUGUUAAAGGACAACCAUGUGUGGGCGUGCGCCAACAACGGCGCCGGAAUGGGCGGUCGGACGAAUCCGGACUCGAUUGCGGCGGCGAUCCCCAAGGCGGUGCGCGCGGCCAAGGCGGCCGGGGGCUUUGCGACCAAGGUCGAGGUGGAAGUGAGGAGUCUGGAGGAGGCGGAUGCGGCGAUUGAGGCGGGCGCGGAUGUGGUCAUGUUGGACAAUUUCACGGCGCAGGGGGUGCGGGAGGCAGCCAGGGCGUUGAAGGAGAAGUGGAAGGCGUCAGGGAGGUCGUUUUUGAUCGAGGUCAGUGGGGGGUUGACGGAGGAGAGCGCGCCUACGUAUGCUUGUCCUGAAGUGGAUAUCUUGUCGACGAGCUCGAUUCACCAGGGGACGGGCAUUGUGGAUUUUUCGCUAAAGGUCUCCUUGCGCUGA